AGACCCCCACAGAAAAGGACUGUGGAAGAGCAAGGGUAGUUCAUCAUUAGACAAGCCUUGUGCUUUCAGCAUGAAGGAGAUAUUUGUUGCUUGUUAAUAUUUUAGAACAGCCAACAUGGGGACCCAUCGAUGGUGGAGGAAGCCAUCCCCGCCUAACGACGUACUUGAGCUUCUGUGUCAGUAUAUUUUUGUUACAAUCCAUCCCACCUGUGUCUGUCAGUUCCUUUCCCCUCGCCGCCUCCCAUGACAAACUGGCUCAUGUUUCUGCCGCACACUCUAAGCCAGUUAUUAAUAUCAGCCCAGUGAGCUCUGCAUCCACCAGGAGCAUAUGGUGUUUUUGAGAGGCAGAGCGACCAUCCCCGUGACUUUUGGACUUGGCCCGUUGAACCCCUGAACAGAACCGAGGUUGCUAGGAGAUCACCUGUGCCCGCAGCACCCUGGUCCAGCGAGAGCAGGAGAGGAGAGUUGGAGGGUAGAGCUGAGCUGCCUGCCACUACCCGAGGAUCUCAGGGAGCAAGAAGACCCAAAAAUGAGUGGUAAAAACUGGAUAUUAAUUUCUACUACUUCACCCCAAAGCCUGGAAGAUGAAAUUCUGGGGCGACUUCUGAAAAUUCUAUUUGUUUUGUUUGUUGACUUAAUGUCCAUUAUAUAUGUCGUUAUAACUUCCUAAAAACCCGACUUUCUUUACUCCAUGUGUACGUUUCCAACGAAAUCCCAGUGAAUAAAGAUCUACAUUUUAAUGUGA